AUCUGUUGUCAUUCUCACAUCGCGAGGCAUAAGCAAAGACAAAAAGUGAGAACGAAGUGCGUUAUUUCAUUUUUAUACCAUUUAAUUUAAUUAGAAAUCUAAGCAAAGCAAAAAUAUGCGCGAGUGAAAUUGUGCCACUCCAAAAACCCAAAAGGCUCCCGUGUCGCUUCGUGUAAAUGGCCAAAAACUAACGCGAAAAGUAAAACUGCCAACAACAACAAGCAGCAGAAAACAGAAAGCAUAAGCAAGCAGCACCAGCAACAACAACACCCACAGCAGCAGCAACAACAACGCAAUUGUGAUAGACAAAGAAAUAGAUUAAGGAAAGGGAAGCAAACAGCGAAAGAGAACUGAAGGAAGGGGAGAAAAACGAAAACAGCCUGAAUUAUAUGGAAAAUAUUUCUUUGCUCGAACAUAUUGAUGGACACUGAGACUAGGGAAACUCAAGUAAACGGUUUUUACACACUUGCACAUUUGAUACGCAACGAAAAUAGCUUUUAAAGUAAUAAGUAAUAAGCAGGCGUAAGAAGAAGCAUAGCAUACAAAAUAAAUAAGAGAAGCGAAGAAGGCAAAGGGGAAAAUAAAACAACACUGAGAGAGGGAGCAGCAGACUAUCGAAAAUAAAGAGGAAGAGCAUUCGUUGUUGUUGUUGCUGUUGCAAAUAAAAACACAAACAGACACACACACCUAGAUACAGACACAGCCACAGCUGAUGUAAAAUAAUUUGCAGCGCUUGUGUGUUCGUGCCCAUUUACAAUUGAUUAAAACCAAAACACACGAACACAACAACAGACAACAAUAACACUGGCACACACACACACUGGCUCACCAUUGUGAAAAUUGAUUAAAGAUUAUAAGCUUAACAUUCACACACACAAGUACAACCAUAAUUACAAGCACACGUACCAAUGAGGGAACACCAAUAAAUCGUCUGAAGCACUGCCAAACCAUAAGUGAGACGACAGGAUCAAAAGGGGGAGGAGGAGGAGGUCCGGGAGUGGGAGCGGGAGAAUCGGGAGUAUCCCCUCCAGGAAGCGGGAUCCAAGUCGAGGACACAGCGGGAUCAUCAACAAAUCCAUGAUGCUGUACGUUUUUCACGUGGACGUCGGUCGCAUGCUGAGCUUCGACAUGAACGUAGCCCUGCAAUCGGUGGAGCACCUGAAGGAGACGAUUCAGAAGCUGCACAACAUCCCGGCCGCCAACAUAGUGCUGCUGGUGAGCGGCGGCGAGAUGCUAACGCACUCCACCCAAGUGUCGUGCUAUUCGGCAGGCACCGACACUAAUCCUAUCUACAUGUUCCUCACGGGGGACGAGCGCCCGGCGCCCACGAUAUCCAACUCGGAUGCUGACGCCGAGCUGCGUCGCCAGGUGGAGGAGAGCCAUCGGCUGCCAGCGGCUCUGGAAACUGUGCGCCAACGGGCACAGCUUGCGCAGCAUAUGCGAGAGCUCGCCAGGAAGGAGGAGGAUCUGUGCGAGCGUCUGGUCCACGAGCAGCACCUUCAGCAGCAAGGCUGGUCGGCGGUGGUGGCCAAUAUGGAGGAUCUGACGAACGAGUUUCGCGAGCGCUUCGUCAACUUCUGCUCCUCUUUCGAUCGGCAUCUUCAGAAGCGCGAGAGCUACCUGGAGCUUUUGCGCAACUUUGCCGAUGAUCUCAAGCAGCUGGGCAGGAUUCCCAUACUCCCGGCCCUUAUGUCCCUGGCCGAGGCCGAUUUUCAUGGCUUUGACGAGCUGUUGGAGAACGACGAUGUGUUUACCGCGCAGCAACAGCCGACACAGCAGCAGCAGGGUCUCACUGAAUCCUCGCAAGCGGACUCCCCCAAUAAGAAGCUCAAGAUGGGCGACGAGGCGGAAGCUGAUUCUGGUGACCAGCAGGAGCGAGUUUCCCAGACCUCGACCAGCAGCAGUUCGCUGGCCCGUCGCCACAACCUUAACCUGCUGCAGUGGAUCAGUUCUAAGGGUAACCACAGUGCCCUGCAACUAAUGUCGGAUGAGUGCAUCCAGGGUUUGGACAUCUUCAGUGCGGACAUCUACGAGAAGCUGAAGGAGGAGGUUAAACAGAUCAUCAAGAUGGCCAACCAAGGCGACGUCAAGGAGAUCAAGGGCCUUGGCGACCGUCUUUGCAAGCUGGAAGAGUUCAAGUUCCGAAUAAAGAAGAUGGUGCAGGAGCAAAAAGAGCAGGCUCUUGCGCUGCAGCAGAACGAGGCGCGGGCUCAGAAUUUGCGUGACAAUUCCGUCCUGCCGGAUCUCUGCCUCUCCCAUCGCUCACAGCUGCAGGUGAUGCUGGAGAAUCACACGAAGAUCCGCGAGUACUGUCGCUGCAUAGCCAAUUCCAAGGACGAGCUGGGCUGGAAUCUGCACACACGUCUGCGUCGGAUCGUGUGGAUCGAGAAUGGAAUGAGUGAGUUCGACAAUCGGUUGCUGUUCAAUCAUCGCUGCUUGCGGCGGGCCGAGCGUCACAUCAGCAUCAUCGAGCAGAUCCACCGGGCGCCAAGCAUUUAUGUGGCAGCCGUGGCGGAGGUAGUGCGCCGAAAGAUUUUUUCGGACGAGUUCCGGCAGUGGGCCACUCGACUUUCUCUCGAUUUCGAUCGCAUCCACGGCGAGGAGUUGCGCCGAAGGAAGGAAUUCAAUGCGAGCUUUGAAGGCCAUUUUCUCAAUAUUCUGUUUCCUGGCAUGGGUGACAUGCCUCCAGCUUUUGCGAAUGAGCACCCUUUGAGCUUUGACACGCGACUCCCUCCCCUGAGCAGGUCGGACAUGGAACUGCUCUCCUCGCAGCUGCCGGAACUGGCCGGACAGCUGCAGUUGCCCGAUAUGAAACCUGUGAUAGACUUCUUCGUCCUCCGCUCGGGCAAAGAUGGAGAACAGGAUCAAGAACAGGAGCAAGAUACCCCAUUGAUGGCUCCUCGCUUGGCCGAGCUGCAGGCACAGACAGCUGCCUCCGAUUGCGAAACGGAUACGGAAACUGAGUUCGAAAAGCUCAGCACCACAUCCAAGUGUGUGGCCACGUCCACCUCUACCAGCUUGGUGGAGCAAGUAGCACGGAGCACUGCCACCGAAGACCUGCUUAUGCUCAGUGCUGGCACCCUGACAGAAGAGAACGCUGGCAGUCUGCAGAAAAUGCGUAGUGACAUGGAAAAGAUGUCUAAGUUGGCCAGAGCCUGCCUUCACGAAGCUCGCUCAAAUUUGGGCAUCUUUCGCAGUGACGCUGCUAACUACCAGGAUGAGCUCCAAUCCGAGCUACAUCUCUUGCGGGAUAAGUGCAAUGUGCUCCAAAUGCAGUGUGAGGCAAGCGAGCGGAAAUCCCAGGAGCAGUUGGAGGAGAUGCGCCUGAAACUGCAGCUUGCGGAGCAGGAGAAGCAGUCGGCUGUGGCCCAGGCCCGGGAGCAACUCAUCCACGAGCACAAAACGGAACUGGAGUCCCUUCGCUGCCGCUUCAAGUUGAUGACCUCCAUGGAGCGUUCGCCCUCGGACAGCAGUCUUGAAAAACUGGAGCGGCCGACGAGCAGUGCUAGCGUGGCCAGCGCAAACACUGGCGUGGAUAUCGACCACCUGCUGGCCCAGCAGCGCCAGGAACUACUGAUCCAAAGGGAGCGCGCCAUUAGCGAGGCCGUUGAUUCGGAGCGAUCGCUGUGGCAGUCGCGCCUCCUGCCCCUGAACUCUGAAUCUGUGAUGGCCAACGUGGGCAUAUUGAAGGACAUGCUAGCCGACAAGGAGCGGCAGUUGGAUCAGCUGCGUGAGCAGAACAAGAUCCUUACCCAAGAGUCGUAUCAGUUAAAAACCCGUUUGGAGAUGAUAACCAACGAGGACGGCAACAGCUGGCUCAAGGAGAAAAUUGACUAUCUAAACAAGGACAAGUGCCGGCUGGAGGAGGAGCUCAGCCAGGAGAAGAGCCGGCGCCAAGAAAUGGAGACCAGCGUGGCAGCCAUGAGGAGCUCUGCCUACGAUCUGAAUGUGGGUGGCACCUUGACCCGCUCCAAGUCCAGCGUCAGUUCCAGUCACCGGGCCAUCGCCUUGGAGGGAUGUGCGCGAGGCGAUCUCGUCUUUGUGGUGUGGAGCAUGCGUCAUGCGCAAUUUAUGGUCGUCCAGGACUCGCUCACCCUGUACUUUGUCCACGCCGACAGCCUGGCUGGUCUGCAGCUGACGGCUCCGGCCACACCGACUCCGGCAUUGGAACCCUCGCUGACAGUUGUGGAACUGAAUCAGAUCCCGCUGCCCUACUACGCCAUAGGUCGAGUCAUCGACAAGGAGUACUGCCAGGCGCGAAAGGAUGAUAAUCGCUAUCGCGUCAGCAGGGGCUCCAAGUUCUAUCGCAUUAAGCUGGCCCCGUUGCCCUCUCGAAAUGCUUCGCGGCGGGAGCGCUUAGAGUCCAGCUCAUCCGCCGCAGUAGCCGCUGCAUCGCCCAGAGAUGUCAUCGACGCUCCCAGCAGCAGCACAGUGCUCUACCAGAGCUUCAAGCAGCGCACGGUGAGCAUUACGAGCGUGAAUGAAGAGGAUGACGAGUCAGCUUCGUUGCUCAGCGAGCGCUGUCGCUAUAUAAGCGUCAGCGAGGAGGAUGAGUUGCAUGCUGCUGGAGGCGUAGUGCUGGCGACAACAACUGCUGUUACAUUAGCAACAUCAACAGCAGCAGCAGCAGCAGCGGCAUCACCAGCAAGUGCAACAACUACAGCAGCGGUAGCGGGAGAGCCGACGACAACUGCAGCGACUGCAGCAACUCAAGCACAGUCUGUGAUAACAGAGCAGCCAACGGCAUCGAGCAAACUUAAAUUGGAUCUACUGUUGGCCUCUGCUGAUAUAAUUACACAACCCCUAACACAACAACCACAUCAAUUGCGACAGGAACAAGAGCCACACGUUGAGGUGGAGAUUGCAGCGCCUGUGGCUGAAUUAAGUCCAAAUAAAACAAUCCAACCGGAAAAUCCGGAACCGGAAACCAUUACCAUCUAUGUGCCCCCCAACCCCAUAGCAACAUCCACUGUUUCAACCACUACAAGUGCUAGCAUCCUGACCAGCAUCGGUGCGGAGCCGAUUAUCAGCACAGCCCCCAUGCUACCAAUGUCCAUUGGUGCGGCUGCCAUAAGCGAGGACUCCGACGAGUACCGAUCGCUCGAGGGCAAGGAUGAUGGCGACGCCGAUGAUUUUCCCAUUUCCGAAUAGUGUACGACAAUUGGGAGUAACAUAUAACUACAUAUAUACAUAAUUGGAGUGUGUAUCUAGGCUAAAACUUUUACUCUAUGUAGGAACCGCAGCAAACAAGCAAACAAAACCCCUUAAAUAAAAGCCACAGGGCCAACACCGACACAGCAACACCAACAAAAACCAACAACAAACAACAGUAACAGCAACAGCAACAGCAAUGUGAAAAGUUAUAUACUUAACUAAUUUAAAGUUUACCAAGUGCAGAAUAUAUAUUCAAAAAGAAAC